UUCGCCUUCUGCGGGCGGGCUGCUGAUUGGACAGCGCUCCAUCACCCACUGCAGCGCACCACCUCGCAACCACUCGACCGCUCGUUCACUACGUCGUCCAUUCGUACUGUGCUCUGAAGAAAACUGGCAGGAUUUCACCAAUGCAGAUAAUCUGACCGGGAAAAGAUUCGCAUACAGCCUAAAAGUGGGAACAGGGAAGAAAACAAACACCCCUCAUAUGCAAAGAGCACAUCUCGGCUUUCUGUGACCUAAAGACAAAGAGACAUCCUGCAGCACCUGAACUGAGGAGCAUCUCUGUCCACUCCACCCUAUAUAUUUUUUUUUAAUGAUCUCGGAACAGACGCAAUGCAGUGAUGACCCACAGCGAUAGCAGAAAGAAUGCUACUAAACAAAACUAAACCAGCACUGACAUCAAAAGAUGGAUGGUUUGUGCUCAACUGAGCGAUGUUUUCCAAAUAACUACACGUGUUUGGCCCCGUCGGCUGAACGCGUGUGAUUGACAGGUGAUCCGGCCACUGAAGAGAUGCCAUCAAAGGUGUCAUGCUUGUAUUUGCUGACUGUGGUUUGCUGGGCCAGUGCACUGUGGUAUCUCAGUGGCUCUCGUCACUCAACCACCUACGUGGGUCAGAUGACCUUCAUUCCCCGCAAACCGCUUCCGAGGCUCUCAAAGAACGACACGUUAAGCAAUAUCCGAACACGUACUUUGAACCCACACAAUUUCAAGUUCCUCAUAAACGAGCCCAACAAAUGCGAAAGCACAACGCCCUUUCUUGUCCUCCUCAUAAGCACCAACCACAAGGAGUUUGACGCCCGCCAGGCGAUCCGGGAGACGUGGGGAGAUGAGAACACGUUCGGCGACGUUCGAAUUUUGACGCUGUUCCUUCUUGGGUACAGCACUGAACCUGUCCUCAACCAGAUGGUGGAACAAGAGAGCCAGAUCUUCCAUGACAUCCUAGUCGAGGACUUUGUGGAUUCCUACCACAAUUUGACCCUAAAGACUCUCAUGGGCAUGCGAUGGGUGACUUCGUUCUGCCCCAACGCACAGUACGUCAUGAAAACAGACAGUGAUAUAUUUGUCAACAUGGACAAUUUAGUGUUUAACCUUCUGAGACCCAACAUCAAACCAAGGCGACGCUUUUUCACAGGUCACGUGAUAAACGGAGGACCCAUACGUGACGUACACAGCAAGUGGUUCAUGCCCAGAGAGCUCUACCCUGAUAGCAGGUACCCACCCUUUUGCUCUGGCACUGGAUACGUCUUCUCUGGAGACAUUGCAGAGCUGAUUUAUAAGACCUCCCUCCAUACACGACUCCUACAUCUGGAGGAUGUGUACGUGGGACUGUGCCUGCGGAAACUAGGCGUUCACGCUUUCCAGAACAGUGGAUUCAAUCACUGGAAAAUGUCCUACAGUCUCUGCCGCUACCGAAAAGUGUUAACUGUACAUCAGAUCUCACCAGAGGAGAUACUGAGAAUAUGGAACGAUAUGUCCAAUAAGAAACAUCUCAAAUGCUAGCAAAUGCAAGAUGGUUGCGGAAUAAUGUGAUAUUGAAAACAUACAGGACUGUUUGUACAGAUACAGCAAUACAGUCCGUAUACUUGCAAAACAGACCACACUCAUGAAGCCCAUGUCAGUCUGUAGAGUAAUAUGCGCAGGGACAUAUGAACUGGAUUCACAAGGUAUUUGCAAUGGUUAUAAUGGUUUUAAACUGGUGUUUUUGGCCUUACAUACUUAACAUUAUUUAUAUACCAGGCCGCUGUGAAUUGCUUUAUAUGAAUAAUUCCAACUUUCAAAUGAACACAGUAUUAUAUGAGAAAUAGCAGUGCAGUAUUUACUAUCCCAAAUGUCUGCCAUAAACAUACAUUUAUUCUGUAUAUUGCUCUUAAAAUGAAUGAUAACUAGAUUACCCAUGACAAUGCAUAUGUAUGUGUAUUUCAAGCCUUUGCAAAGCAGUAGAGCUCCGUUUUAUAACUGGGUCGGAAAAUGAUUUUGCUUUUUUUUAGGUUACAAUUAAAUCAUGAAUGCAAAAAUAAAUGGUAUA